UCGGUACAAAGGUGAAAUCUCAAUGAGUAUUAAUAGAUACGGAUGUAAAUAUGUUUUGAAGUUAACAGUGAUACUUCUCGAUACGUGCAUGGACAUAAUUAUGCUAUACAUUAUGCUGAUGCAGUUUGAAGUGAUAAUUGAGAAUGAAAACACAAUGUGACCAACAAUAACAAAUUAACAUAGGCUGUUGACACGACAGGAUUCAUUCAGGAGCUCAAGCUAAAGGAAGAAAAACACUUUGGAUGUCACCAUUGAAACAAAUUAGGUCUAUUCUCUGAAAAGCCUGUCUAUAUAGGCCUAUAUGUGUGUGUGCUCAAACUCUUUCCAAAAUGCGUCUAAAUGUAAGAUAUUUUAUGGCAAACAAACGGGCAUUUGACAAAUAUGCAUCGUUUAGCCCAUCACCAGUGUCGCUGAGAGAUUUGUUGGAAUUUGGUUCAAAGACAGGAAGUGAGGAAUCAUCGUAUGUGUUUCUUCGCCAUGAGCUACCUGUUAGAUUGGCAAACAUCAUGAAGGAAAUCAGGCAUCUUCCAAAAAACCUCCGUAACAUGCCCUCUGUCAACCUUGUUAAAAGCUGGUAUGAUCAAAGCUUUGAGGAAAUAUUGGAAUUUGAAGGCAAGAAAGAUGUAGAUACAAGGGUUCUAACAGAUUUCUCAGAAGGCCUGCAGAAAAUCAAGAAUCGCCAUUCUAAAGUCGUGGAAACAAUGGCCCAGGGAGUGCUGGAGUUACAAGAGACCUACCCUUCCUAUUAUAACUUUACAACUGUCAACACAAACACCGAGGCCAUACGAUACUUUCUAGAUAGGUUUCUAUUAUCCCGCAUCAGUAUACGGAUGCUCAUCAGCCAGCAUGUGCUAUUAUACGGUUCCCAGAUAGCGGAUAACCCUCGAUACAUUGGUGCAAUAGACCCUGUCUGUGAUGUACUGGAGGUUUUACAAGCUGCCUAUAGUGAUGCCCGUUUCUUAUGUGAAGGGUACUACCUAACGGCACCAGACAUGGAGGUGACAUGCCUUAAUCCUUAUGAAGAUGAUAAAAAGAUCCAGAUUUCAUGCGUACCGUCACAUUUACUUCAUAUACUGUUUGAAAUUUUAAAGAAUUCCAUGCGUGCUUCAGUAGAAACCCACUCCAACAAGGACACCAUACCAAAUAUAUCUGUAAUGAUUGCCAAAGGCAAGGAAGACCUCACUAUCAAGAUAUCAGAUUGUGGAGGUGGUUUCUCCCAAGAUAUACGGAAGUUAGUGUUUGAAUACAUGUACUCUACUGCCCCGCGGCCUGACUAUGUUGGGGAGGGAAACGCCCCUAUGGCAGGGUAUGGAUACGGAUUGCCUCUCUCCAGACUAUACGCCCGGUACUUCGGGGGAGACCUACAACUGAGCUCUGUAGAGGGCCAUGGCACAGACGCAUACAUCUACCUUAAGGUGAUGACUGACAAUGCUAAUGAGUGUUUGCCUGUAUAUAACACAACAGCAUCUCGGAUGUAUCAGUCUGACAUAUCGGUAUCUGAUUGGAGCUCGAACAAACCCUGGCACAACUCACACCCACGUGGAUUCUCGACACAUGCUAAGAAAAUUCAGUAGUUAGACUGCUGUUAUAGAAAUCUGUCUAUGUGUAAAAUUUCAUAGAUGUGACUGCAUCGAAGAUUAUGUUUGUCUGAUCAUGAUUAUAUAUGUAUAUGAAUGUUCAGGGAUCUAUAGAUGCUGUUGUUUAUGGCUGAAUGUUUAUCAUUACAUGGCAGUACCACUCUAUCCUACUAAAUUCAGCCGGUGUUCAUAGCAACUGAUUAGUAUAAUCAAUCCAUUCAACUAGAUGUUGCAUUAAAACAAAUAUCAUGUUUGAGAAAUCAUUAGUAUUCUUAAUGGAGUAAAUGAGUGUAGAACUGCUUUUGAUAGGCGUUGAUAUGCCCAUGGCUGUGUAUAAUAUACCUUUUGAUAGGCGUUGAUAUGCCCAUGGCUGUGUAUAAUAUACCUGUGAAGUCAUCAGAUUGACAUCUGGCUUGAUAUAGACAGCAUCUCAAAAUCUUGUACUCAUUCUGGUAAAUAUCCUGUAGAGUAACCAAAACUUCCACUAGUGGAUGCUGCUGAACUUGAUAAAAGGAAAUAUGUGUACAUGUUGUUCUUUUUUAUUGCGUCCAUUUUCAUAAGCUGUCAAUAAAAAUUUUGCUACUUCACGAUAUAAAAUAGUAUUGAAAAUAAGCUAAAUUAGCCAUCCUGCUGUGAUUUUAAAUGCAAACUAAAAGUUUUCUGUGAAAUUGUCCAGGGACUCUAAAUUAUACAGUGAUAUACCCUAAAGUAAUUCAUUGAUCAGCUAGGAUUGGUCCAAAAUAAAAACUUACAUGGGGGUGGUCAGACAAGGCCUGUCUAGUGGACAAGAGAUACUAGAGAAAUCUUAUUCCUACACUUACAGAGUUAUGUCCCUUUGUUCAGUUAAUAUGAGGGAAGGGGGACAGUGCCUACAGAAGAGUUGUUCCUCAAGCUGGUGACAUUACAUGUGUUUUGUAUUGUCAGCCAUUCCACUCCAGUGGUAUUCUAUUGUUGAUGUUUUGUAGGUCAAGUAGAAGCUGUGAAAAAUAAAAUUAAGGACUUUGAGAUUAACAUGUAAAGUUGAGAAUAAGCACUUGUAAGUGUUUGAAAAUUAUUGGUAUUCAGGAUGGGUCUGUAAUUAUGUAGUUCAGAUUUUUGUUCAGUGAGAAGAGACAAAGAUCAUGGUUGUAUAGCAAAUAUUUAGGUUAAUUAUGGAUUAGUAUUUUAUUUCUAAGAUAGCAACACAUUUUCUGUUAUUUUGAAAAAUCUCUGAAUGAAUGUUAUUUUCAUAGCCAAAUUGUAGUGUGUUUUCAUGGCAGUAGCCUGUCAGGCCCAGAGUCUACUCAAUAUCUGAGUACGUUUGUAUAAUCAUUAAUGGAUGAACUAAAAACUUUAUAAAGAGCUUAAUUACAAUGAAUGCUUGGGCAUGUUAAUGUUAUCAAACCAAUAUUUUUGGAAUUAUGAUCUGUUUUGCAUGUGACUGGACCAUGUCAUGUUCAGUGACUUCAGUAAUCAAAUAGUUACCAUGGCAACUGGCUACUAUUGAUAACCGUAACAUGUAUAGGAUGGGUCUAUAGCAUUGUGCCCAGCAGUAUCUUUGUUACACAAUACAUUUUAAUGUGGUUCAUGAUUUGAAAGAUUGUUGCAGCUGUUGUUUAUUUUCUAUUUUAGUUUUAUUAGAGGAAACACUUGUUUUGUAUUCAUUAUCGUAUAUUAACUUUGUAAUACAUGAGAUGUAUGUAGGAGAUGAUUUCUUUGGCAAUGUUUCAAAGUAUUACACAUUUGAAAGGUGAUUUUGUUGACAUGAAAGAUACAAUAUUAUAAUGGAUUUUAAAACGAAAUUUUCACCAUAGAUUGGGUUUGGGUAUUACUGUAUAUCAAUAUAUAUUACCUCGGGUAUUACUGUAUAUCAAUACAUAUUACCUCGGGUAUUACUGUAUAUCAAUAUAUAUUACCUCGGGUAUUACUGUAUAUCAAUACAUAUUACCUCGGGUAUUACUGUAUAUCAGUACAUAUUACCUCGGGUAUUACUGUAUAUCAGUACAUAUUACCUCGGGUAUUACUGUAUAUCAGUACAUAUUACCUCGGGUAUUACUGUAUAUCAGUACAUAUUACCUCGGGUAUUACUGUAUAUCAGUACAUAUUACCUCGGGUAUUACUGUAUAUCAAUACAUAUUACCUUGGGUAUUACUGUAUAUCAAUAUAUAUUACCUCUGGUAUUACUGUAUAUCAGUACAUAUUACCUUGGGUAUUACUGUAUAUCAGUACAUAUUACCUUGGGUAUUACUGUAUAUCAGUACAUAUUACCUUGGGUAUUACUGUAUAUCAGUACAUAUUACCUUGGGUAUUACUGUAUAUCAGUACAUAUUACCUUGGGUAUUACUGUAUAUCAAUAUAUAUUACCUCGGGUAUUACUGUAUAUCAGUACAUAUUACCUUGGGUAUUACUGUAUAUCAGUACAUAUUACCUUGGGUAUUACUGUAUAUCAGUACAUAUUACCUCGGGUAUUACUGUAUAUCAGUACAUAUUACCUUGGGUAUUACUGUAUAUCAGUACAUAUUACCUCGGGUAUUACUGUAUAUCGGUACAUAUUACCUCGGGUAUUACUGUAUAUCAGUACAUAUUACCUCGGGUAUUACUGUAUAUCAGUACAUAUUACCUCGGGUAUUACUGUAUAUCAAUACAUAUUACCUUGGGUAUUACUGUAUAUCAGUACGUAUUACCUCGGGUAUUACUGUAUAUCAAUACAUAUUACCUUGGGUAUUACUGUAUAUCAGUACAUAUUACCUUGGGUAUUACUGUAUAUCAAUAUAUAUUACCUCGGGUAUUACUGUAUAUCAAUAUAUAUUACCUUGGGUGGUUAAUGCUUGUCCCCUAAUUGACUACAGGUGUAGAUUCCUGACAAAAGUCGAUGCAGAACUUGUAUACCAGUCAUUUUGUAUUACUUUCUUGCCAUUUUUUAUUAAAAUAUAAAAAUAAAGUGUCCAGUUAUGCCCCAAAUCUGUUGAUUACAUUAACGGCUUCACUGAUGUAACUCAACACCCUUAAAAGUGUGUCCCUCUCCAAUGAACCCUAUAUGGGUAUAACGAUAAUGUUAACGAUAAUGUUAACGAUGUAUGUGAAAUCUAAUAAGUAUAGUUUGUUCAAAUUCACCCUCAAAACAUUUCCAGUACAUACAAACCAAAAUGGCCACACCAUGUAGUCAUGGGAGACUACCAUUGAUAAACAUAAAAACAAAGUAAGGCCACACCAUGUAGUCAUGGGAGACCACCAUUGAUAAACAUAAAAACAAAGUAAGGCCACACCAUGUAGUCAUGGGAGACCACCAUUGAUAAACAUAGAAACAAAGUAAGGCCACACCAUGUAGUCAUGGGAGACCACCAUUGAUAAACAUAGAAACAAAGUAAGGCCACACCAUGUAGUCAUGGGAGACCACCAUUGAUAAACAUAAAAACAAAGUAAGGCCACACCAUGUAGUCAUGGGAGACCACCAUUGAUAAACAUAAAAACAAAGUAAGGCCACACCAUGUAGUCAUGGGAGACCACCAUUGAUAAACAUAAAAACAAAGUAAGGCCACACCAUGUAGUCAUGGGAGACUACCAUUGAUAAACAUA